GCAAAAUUCGAUGACCCUUCAAAUCUUAUCUCUGACGUGUCCAUCACUCUCCAGAUAUUUUUCUUCUUCUCGGCCUCUUCAUAGUUUAAAUACUCAACAACCACACAACAGUUUCACUUCAUCAUCGUCACUGAAACCUAAACAUCUCCUCCUCUCAAAAUGGCGGCCUUUACUUCCACUGUCUCUCUCUCUUCAACCAAGUCCCAGAGGCUUUUCGAUUCCUCCUCUUUCCAUGGCUCAUCCAUCUCCGCCGCUCCCGUCUUCCUCGGCCUCAAGUCGCGAUCUCCUUCCGCCGUCUCCGUUCGUGCCACCGCUGGCUACGAUCUCAACGCCUUCACCUUCGACCCGAUCAAGGAAUCGAUCGUGUCCCGCGAGAUGACGAGGAGGUACAUGACUGAUAUGAUCACUUACGCCGAGACCGACGUCGUCGUCGUCGGUGCUGGAUCCGCUGGAUUAUCCUGCGCUUACGAGAUCAGCAAGAACCCUAACGUUCAGGUCGCUAUCAUUGAACAAUCCGUUAGUCCCGGCGGUGGCGCGUGGCUCGGUGGUCAGCUUUUCUCCGCCAUGAUUGUGCGUAAACCAGCUCACUUGUUCCUAGACGAGAUCGGUGUAGCUUACGACGAGCAAGACACCUACGUCGUGGUCAAGCAUGCUGCUCUGUUCACAUCAACCAUCAUGAGCAAGCUCUUGGCUCGUCCCAACGUGAAGCUCUUCAACGCCGUGGCCGCAGAGGAUCUGAUCGUCAAGGGAAACAGAGUCGCCGGUGUGGUGACUAACUGGGCGCUAGUGUCGAUGAACCACGACACACAGUCUUGCAUGGACCCCAACGUCAUGGAGGCAAAGAUCGUCGUGAGCUCGUGUGGUCACGACGGUCCCUUCGGAGCCACCGGUGUUAAGCGGUUGAAGAGCAUCGGGUUAAUCGACCAUGUUCCUGGGAUGAAGGCCCUUGACAUGAACACUGCCGAGGAUGCGAUCGUGAGAUUGACCAGAGAGGUUGUUCCCGGUAUGAUUGUCACCGGUAUGGAAGUUGCUGAGAUCGAUGGCGCACCAAGGAUGGGACCUACUUUUGGAGCUAUGAUGAUAUCAGGACAGAAGGCGGGACAACUUGCUCUUAAAGCUUUGGGACAGCCCAACGCUUUGGACGGAACCUUUGUCGGAGACCUAAGCCCGGAGCUGGUCUUAGCCGCUGCUGAUUCUGCUGAAACAGUAGACGCUUAAAAGACGAGGUUUUUAACUUUCUAAGAAAAAAUUUCCCUUGAUCCUUCUUCUGAUGUGGAAGGUGUUGCAAUAAAGGAGGAGUUUAGAUGGUUUAAAAGUUUCAAGUGACGACUAUUUCAUGUUUUGAACUUUCUGGUGUCUUUGUCUAUCUUUGUUUCCCUCUCAAUGAAAAUGUUUCUUCGGUGUAAAAUUGCCUUGAUUCUCUUCUGUUCAUUCGUAAUGUGUGUUCUUCUCCGAUAUUCUUUACUUGUUUUAUUAGUACAAGGAGCUCAGUUAGCCUCUGUCUGCUUAACUAGUUUGAAUGUUCUGUUUCGUAUCAGUUUAAAU